AUGCUCUCUUUAAUAUUAUCGGUUCUUAUAUUUGCGCCUGCUUCUAAAAUGCAUAGUAUCCAUGUGUCUAGAGAGCCCACCAACAUGCUAUUAUCUUCUGCUUCCACAUUGCCAAUGUUUUCAUUGAUGACGUCUCUGCUGGUGAAGGGACUGGAGGCUGCGACCGUGGUAGGGACCACACCUGGCUGCGCGUCUUGCGGCAUUCAGCCGAUGGAGAAGGAUUCGGAGCAGAGGCUCCUGAUUGAGAUCGCCAAGCAACAGAUCUUGAACAAGCUGCACCUGAAAGAGAGACCGAACAUCACCUCGACUAUGCCCCGCGCUGCGCUUCUUACAGCUCUCCGCAAACUGCACGCUGGGCGAGUCAGACCGGACGGCACCAUUGAACUUGAAGUUAAGAUCAAUGAUACCAAAGAUCAGGGAUAUGAAAUAGUGAGCUUCGCAGAAAUGGGUAAGUUCAGUUAUUUUGAAUAUUAUAGUGUAGCCUACACUAGUGUCACUUUGUUUACUUUCUUAUGGACUUUAUUGGGCGUUUGGUUAUUACCUCCAAUGUGGCCUACUGAUUGCACUGAAUGUGCUUUUGGAACAAUGUAAAUAAACCAUGUCAAUUAAAAUACAGAGCUCAGACAUUUACAUUGAAACCCUGACUUGAGAUAGCUGGGGUAAAUCAAGGUAGGCCUACAGAUGUCUAAUCUUAACUUGAUCACUAUUUUGUUGCCAAGAAUUUUCCUGAUGCAUCAGGAAAUUCAAUUGAGCUUCUUGAUUCAACCUGGUCUCAGAGCAUUUUGUAUUAUUCUGUACGUAAAUCGAAGACACACCAUUUAGUAUAAUAUGUUACGUUUCAUAUUGUAUUUAUUAAUUUGUGGAUGUCCACCUAUUUCAUAUGAUAUGUUAUGAAUUACAAUUCAUAUUAUGUUACGAUUUUUGCAAAAUGUACAAAAGUUCGAAUUUAUAAAACUUACAAUAUGUUACAAAUGUAGGAGUUAGGUUAAAGGGUUAAGGUUAGGAUUGAGGGAAUGGUUAGCUAACAUGCUAAGUAGUUGUAAAGUAGCUAAAAAGUAGUAAGUCGUUGAAAAGUUGCUAAUUAGUUGAAAUGCUACAGUUGUCCGUGAUGAGAUUCAAACUCGCAACCUUUGGGUUAAGUUUAGGAGUUAGUUUAAAGAGUUAUGGUUAGGGUUAGGGAAGGGUUAGCUGAAAGUAUUAAGGUUAGGGUUAGGUGAAGGCUUAGCUAACAUGCGAAGUAGUUGCAAAGUAGCUAAAAAGUUAGUAAGUGAAAAGUUGCUAAUUAGCUAAAAUGCUAAAGCAACCUUUGGGUUGCUAGACGUUCGCGUUAUACACCCGACCAGCCACCCUACUUUUCACCUUAAGUAACCAUCUGUCUUGUGUAACCACAUCAAACAUAACAUAUCAUACUAAUUUGGGUGUCCCGGAUUUAUGUUUACUGUGUUACCUCAGGUCUAUUAGAUCAGGCUGCGUUAUUAGCUAAAAAUGAGCAGUUAUCUUUCUCUCCAUGCAGGGGCAGUUGAGUCAUUGGGAUCAAGGCUCUCUAUCUUAGAAUAAUGUUCCCUCUCGCUUGCUCAAACCCCUUACUCCUAGGUCCCAUUACUGCAACAUUCAAAUGUACAACAAUCUGAAAUGCAGCCAUACACAACAACAACCGUCAUUUUAUAUAGCUUAAUAACACAAGAUAGACAUUGAUCUCCACUAGGCUACGACAUACAAAUGUCUAGUGUAUCCUCAGGUUACGAAUGAUCUGUCAGGUUACGAAUGAUCUGGGGUGGUCUAGCGGUUAGGGUGGUCUAGCGGUUAGGGCCACUACGUGCACAUAUAGGCAUACUGUGUUUGGCGUGGGUUCAAUUCCGGCCCGAACCCUUAUGGCAUAAAUAACAAUCUCCCGAUUUACUCAAAAAAGUUACACAUUUAAUAAAAGGACAGUCCAAAUAACAGUACACCAAUGUCAGUUUCCAUUCAUACAAAGUGUUGGGUAAAUUGCCACAGUAGAUUUGUUAUGGUAAACGAGGAAAUACUUUACUUCUAUUGUACAGAAUGCUUGUAAAAUAGAUAAAUCGCCCUUAGUCUGUUAAAAAAGGACUAAGUUGUUCCGAUGACAAUACCAACCAGAGGGAAAACAUAUCUUGAAAUACUUUGGUUGCAAGCAGGACUAAAGCAGAAAGGCAGAGGCGAAGCGAGAGGGUUCACUCUCACCAAAAUGAGCCCAAUGCGUUUCUAUGGGUUUAAUAUGCAAACCUGAACUUGUCGUCUGCCUUUGGAAUGACUCCCAUUGUUAGGGCGGAGACAUGAGCAUUUUGUCAUUAUAUACAGAUCUCUGACUAACACCGGUAGGUGAGCGGUAGAGGUGACUAAUAAUGGUUGUAAUUGAGAUCAGCUGUGCGGUUGAAUUUUGCUCAUAUUGAUGGUUUAAGGAGACAUCAGUUGGCAAUAAUCUAGUACCAUCGAUGGUUGCAAUAGGCCCCUUGUUAUUUGGUUAUAUUUUAACAGGCUUCCUGUUAGCCUACAGUAUCAGUAGUCACAUAAUGAAAGGUGUAAAAACCGAUAGUCUACUGUUUGUGUUUCCCUGGCUAAAUCGAUGAGCUGAUUUUUCGCCAUCAGUUAAUUGAGAGAUGUAUGCCUACUGUAGAACUUCCUCCAUGUGGAUGCUCGCCAACUUUCUAUAGUUAGGCUAUGUAUAAUUUGCAGAGGUGGGUAGAGUACUGAAAAUCUGUACUCAAGUAAAAGUACUGUUACUUAGAUUAUAAUUUACUCAAGUAAAAUUAGCCUUAAGAAACUACUCAAGUAAGAGAAAAAGUAUCCGGUCAGAAAAAUACUUAAGUACUAGUUACUAAUUUAGUUUGGUAAUUUUUUACACCUGUGACAGCAAACAAAAAGGACAACAACUUAGUGCAAUUGAUUUGACAUUCAUUUAUUAUUAAAGCCUGCCACCACCAUCUUGCAGAUGGCCCCCAGCACAGGUACUCUCCAAUGAAGACUAAUAUCAAAGAAAGUCUGUAGGCUGUACAGCUUCAAUUACGGUCAUUCAAUGUUGACUUAAUAUCUAUUAACGUGCACAACUUCAUAAAAAGGUACAGUGCAUUUGGAAAGUAUUCAGACCCCUUGACUUUUUCCACAUUUGGUUAUGUUACAGCCCUAUUCUAAAAUUGAUUAAAUUGUUUUUGUUCCUCAUCAGUCUACACACAAAACCCAAUAAUGACAAAGCAAAAACAGGUUUUUAAAAUAAACAACUGAAAUAUCACAUUUGCAAAUAUUCAGACCAUUUACUCAGUACUUUGUUGAAGCACCUUUGGCAGCGAUUACAGCCUUGAGUCUUCUUGGGUAUGACGCUACAAGCUUGGCACACCUGUAUUUGGGGAGUUUCUCCCAUUCUUCUCUGCAGAUCCUCUCAAGCUUUGUCAGGUUAGAUGGGAGAGUCGCUGCACAGCUAUUUUCAGGUCUCACCAGAGAUGUUCGAUAGGGUUCAAGUCCGGGCUCUGGCUGGGCCACUCAAGAACCUAACCCCAGUUUGAGGUCCUGAGCGCUCUGGAGCAAGUUUUCAUCAAGGAUGUGUCUGUACUUUGCUCCGUUCAUCUUUCCCUCAAUCCUGACUAGUCUCUCAGUCCCUGCCACUGAAAAACAUCCCCACAGCAUGAUGCUGCCACCACCAUGCUUCACCAUAGAGAUGGUGCUAAGUUUCCUCCAGAAGUGACACUUGGCAUUCAGGCCAAAUAAUUAAAUCUUGGUUUCAUCAGACCAUAGAAUCUUGUUUCCCAUGGUCUGAGAGUCCUUUUGGUGCCUUUCUGCAAACUCCAAGCAGGCUGUCAUGUGACUUUUACUGAGAAGUGGCUUCUGUCUGGCCACUCUACCAUAAAGGCCUGAUUGGUGGAGUGCUGUAGAGAUGGUUGUCCUUCUGGAAGGUUCUCCCAUCUCCACAGAGGAACAAUGGAGCUCUGUCAGAGUGACCAUUGGGUUCUUGUUCACCUCCCUGACCAAGGCCCUUCUCCCCCGAUUGCUCAGUUUGGCCGGGCGGCCAGCUGUAGGAAGUGUCUUGGUGGUUCCAAACUUAUUCUAUUUAAGAAUGAUGGAGGCCUCUGUGUUCUUGGGGAACUUCAAUGCUGCAGGCAUUUUUUGGUACCCUUUUCCAGAUAUGUGCCUCGACACAAUCCUGUCUUGGAACCAGUGGCGGCUCCUGAAAAAAUUCUCAGGAGGGGCAAUUUUUCUGAUGAUUUAGGUGACCUACACACGUGCACGAGUCCGUGCACGCGAUUCCAGAUAUCUUUACCUCUGAAUAAACUGCCUUUAUUAUACCAUAUCCACCCUGUCCAAAGUCUCUACUUGGUCUCAGUUCUCCAGUAAACUUGUGAUUAUCAACAGUACACAACGGUAACAAACAAUUGGGGGAAGUCACGGGGCAGAUAGUAACCACUUAAAAGGAAGCGAUUCCCAAACCUUCCAUAACAAAGCCAUCACCUACAGAGAGAUGAACUUGGAGAAGAGUCCCCUAAGUAAGCUUGUCCUGGGCCUCUGUUCACAAACACAAACAGACCCCACACAGCCCCAGGACAACAACAACAACAACAACAACAACACAAUUAGACCCAACCAAAUCAUGAGAAAACAAAAAGAGAAUUACUUGACACAUUGGAAAGAACAAACAAAAAAACAGAGCAAACUAGAAUGCUAUUUGGCCCUAAACAGAGAGUACACAGUGGCAGAAUACCUGACCACUGUGACUGACCCAAACUUAAGGAAAGCUUUGACCAAGUACAGACUCAGUGAGCAUAGCCUUGCUAUUGAGAAAGGCCGCCGUAGGCAGACCUGGCUCUCAAGAGAAGACAGGCUAUGUGCACACUGCCCACAAAAUGAGGUGGAAACUGAGCUGCACUUCCUAACCUGCCAAAUGUAUGACCAUAUUAGAGACACAUAUUUCCCUCAGAUUACAGCGAUCCACAAAGAAUUCGAAAACAAACCCAAUUUUGAUAAACUCCCUUAUCUACUGGGUGAAAAACCACAGUGUGCCAUCACAGCUGCAAGAUUUGUGACCUGUUGCCACAAGAAAAGGGCAACCAGUGAAGAACAAACACCAUUGUAAAUACAACCCAUAUUUAUGUUUAUUUAUUUUCCCAUUUGUACUUUAACUAUUUGCACAUUGUAACAACACUGUAUAUAUACAUAAUAUGACAUUUGAAAUGUCUUUAUUCUUUUGAAACUUCUGAGUGUAAUGUUUACUGUUAAUAUUUAUUGUUUAUUUCACUUUUGUUUACUAUCUACUUCCCUUGCUUUGGCAAUGUUAACACACGUUUCCCAUGCCAAUAAAGCCCUUAAAUUGAAUUGAAUUGAUAGUAAGGUCGCAAUGACACAGAAAGCAGUUCAAUGUCGGGGUACAGAGUCGCUCUCUUACCAGGAUCGCGGUCCGCUCUGACCAGGGUGAAGGUGGCCGGCUCCACUUCUCUGUCCGGGACUCAUCCAGCCAAGUCUCCCAGCUGUAUUGGGAUUCAGCUGCCAGCAGCGUUUUCAUUAUUUAGUCCGUUCGUAGCGGGUAUGUACACGAUCAACAAGAUCAGUCCAAAACCAACCACUGGAAAUCCAUGGUUGGCAGAAUGUUUGUAAACUAAGUCUACAAAUUAAAAACAUAAAAUAACGCCGCACUGCAGGUCGCAACAGAGACGCUUCUAGCCGCCAUUGUCUUAGUUACGUUCAACGUUACGUCACGUAUGACGAAAGCGCGUAAGUGCAAGCCCACAGACACCCAUAGAGAAUGUAUUGAAAGCUUUGAAAUGUGAAAAAAAUAGAUUUUACAUGACAGGCUAUGAGAGACUUCUGGGCGAUUUUCAACUUGACUGAAAUCGCCCCAAAAACGGGCGGGGCCAUUUGAAGCACGACUUUAGCCUGAUUUGACAUUUAGUGGCUGGCAGAUCAGACGUGAACACUGAUAACUGCUGUUGCCGUGAUAUAAUUGAUUAGAAAAAAAAUCCCUUCCUUUUCCCGUUUGGCAGUGCGUCGCCCAUAUCGCCCUAUUGAACAAGCCGUCCCUGCUUGGAACUCUACGGACAAUUCCUUCGACCUCAUGGCUUGGUUUUUGCUCUGACAUGCACUGUCAACUGUGGGACCUUUAUAUAGACAGGUGUGUGCCUUUCCAAAUCAUGUCCAAUCUAUUGAAUGUACCACAGGUGGACUCCAAUCAAGUUGUAGAAACAUCUCAAGGAUUAUCAAUGGAAACAGGAUGCACCUGAGCUCAAUUUCAAGUAUCAUAGCAAAGGGUCUGAAUACUUAUGUAAAUAAGGUAUCUGGUUUUUAUGUUUGAUAAAUUUGCAACAAUUUCUAAAAACCUGUUUUCGCUUUGCCAUUAUGGGGUAUUGUGUGUAGAUUGAUGAGGAUUUGUAUUUAUUUAAUCCAUUUUAGAAUAAGGCUGUAACGUAACAAAAUGUGUAAAAAGUCAAGGGGUCUGAAUAUUUUCCGAAUGCACUGGAUAUUGGAAUAAUUUCACCAUUUCAAUAGCUGUCACGCCCUGGCUCUGGGGACUCUAGUAUGUUGAGCCAGGGUGUGAGUUUUCAUUUGUGUUUGUUCUGGUUUUGUAUAUCUAUGUUGGCCAGGGUGGCUCCCAAUCAGAGACGGCUGUAGCUCGUUGUCUCUGAUUGGGAGUCAUACUUAGGUAGCCGUUAGGCAUUCAUUUGGUGUGGUUUCUUGUUCCGUGUUGGUUUGUGAAUGUAACCAGGGACGUCACGUUUUCGUUUUGUUCGUGUGAUCAUUCAUUAAUAAAUAUGUUCACAUUCCACGCUGCGCCUUGGUCCUCCUCUGUUCCCGACGAUCGUGACAGAAGAAACCACCAAGACUGGACCAAGCAGCGUGUCCAGGAGCCAUCGCCAGGGAGAUCUCUAGCAGAUCUCCUUCGCCUCCUCGACUGGGUCAAGCCGGGUGAGGAAGAGAAGGGCUUGACAUGGAAGCAGAAGGGCGAAAGGCUGGCGAGGGACAUGGAGACCUGGUCCACGGGUAGGAGAGACGGGCAGAACAUUUUUAGGGGGGGGCUAACGCCGUGGACGACGGGCCAGCAGGAGACCGCGGCAGAGCGGCCCAGCGGGUUGGCAGAGGAGGCCGCCAGGUUACGGGGGCCACUGGUCGAAGAGGGGAUGGAAGGUGUAGAGGCACGGCGAGAGGUACUGGGGUGUGUUACCAGUCCGGUCCGGCCCAUUCCAGAUCCCUGCGUAGGACCAGUGGUGUGUGUCCCCAGUACGGUCCGGCCUGUUCCUGCUCCCCGCACCAGGCCAAUGGUGCGCGUCGUCAGCCCGGCUCGGCCCGUUCCUGCUCCCCGCACCAAGUCAGUGGUGCGCUUCGUCAGCCCGGCUCGGCCCGUUCCUGCUCCCCGCACCAAGUCAGUGGUGCGCUUCGUCAGCCCGGCUCGGCCCGUUCCUGCUCCCCGCACCAAGUCAGUGGUGCGCUUCGUCAGCCCGGCUCGGCCCGUUCCUGCUCCCCGCACCAAGUCAGUGGUGCGCUUCGUCAGCCCGGCUCGGCCCGUUCCUGCUCCCCGCACCAAGUCAGUGGUGCGCUUCGUCAGCCCAGCUCGGCCCGUUCCUGCUCCCCGCACCAAGUCAGUGGUGCGCUUCGUCAGCCCGGCUCGGCCCGUUCCUGCUCCCCGCACCAAGUCAGUGGUGCGUUUCGUCAGCCCAGCUCGGCCCGUUCCUGCUCCCCGCACCAAGUCAGUGGUGCGCUUCGUCAGCCCGGCUCGGCCCGUUCCUGCUCCCCGCACCAAGUCAGUGGUGCGCUUUGUCAGCCCGGUCCGGCCCGCUCCUGCUCCCCGCACCAAGUCAGUGGUGCGUUUCGUCAGCCCGGCUCGGCCCGUUCCUGCUCCCCACACCAAGCCAGUAGUGUGCGUCGUCAGUACGGCACAUCCCGUGCCUGUUUCACCAGUGCCUGGUUUGGCACGGGUCAGCUGCGUCAUGCCGGAGCUAGAGCAAUCCGCUCCACCAGUGUGCAGUCCAGCUCCGGUCAGCAGGGUCAGACCGGACCAGGGGUACUUUGGGGGGUUAGAGAGGGAGUGGGGAUCAUGCCCGGAGCCGGAUCCGCCUCCAAGGCGGAGUGCCCACCCGGUCCCUCCCCUGUGGUGUUUGGUUGGCGCGGUCGGAGUCCGCGCCUUUGGGGGGGGGGGGGUACUGUCACGCCCUGGCUCUGGGGACUCUAGUAUGUUGAGCCAGGGUGUGAGUUUUCAUUUGUGUUUGUUCUGGUUUUGUAUAUCUAUGUUGGCCAGGGUGGCUCCCAAUCAGAGACGGCUGUAGCUCGUUGUCUCUGAUUGGGAGUCAUACUUAGGUAGCCGUUAGGCAUUCAUUUGGUGUGGUUUCUUGUUCCGUGUUGGUUUGUGAAUGUAACCAGGGACGUCACGUUUUCGUUUUGUUCGUGUGAUCAUUCAUUAAUAAAUAUGUUCGCAUUCCACGCUGCGCCUUGGUCCUCCUCUGUUCCCGACGAUCGUGACAAUAGCAUUAAUGAAAAUUAAUUUAAUGUACAUGUGAUGGUGAAUGCAUACUAAGAUUUACAGCAAGUGUGAUGUUUAAUUUUUCACAAAAAAUGAACAGGUAAGUGUUACAACAGUCAAACAAUCAAUACCGAAAUUUCACUUCCAAUGAUGUUACUAGUAUGCAAAUCAGACACAUUUCACCAUGGAAUUAAAUUGAUGUCAAAAAUAGAUUAUUUUUUGCCAUUUUAACUAACCCUAAACAUAACAUAAUCCUAAUUCAUAACCUGCUACAAAAAGUAAAUUUGGACAAAAGCUGUAUCCCUUCUAGACAAAACUGGAUUUACCCUCCUCUUCAGAACUCUCCUUUCCACUUUGAAGGGUAUUUUCUUUUCUUGUCUGGCCCAUUCUCCUCCCCCUAGGUUGUGCAGCAACAAGCUGGAAAUAAAAAUAUACCCCCCCCCCAAAAAAAAAAAUACUUUAUUUCUAGUAUAUGGCACAAAAAGCUGACCCGUUGAUGACUACAUGGUUGACAUUGCAGCUAGCUAGUUUAGCCAGUUUGGCAGUCUAAUGUGAUAGCUAGUUAGCUAUUGUCACACACGUCAGAUUAAUCUGUUCACUCUUGAUGCCAAUGACAAGGUGGCUAGUUGGCCAACAAACAGAGAUCAUAUGGGGAGCUAAAAACAGGAGAUUCAACUUUCUGUCAGAUUGUGGGUUAGCCAAAGCUAGGUAACUAGCUUAAGAUCCGACAUCUGUACCUCGAGCUUUAGCGCAUGUCAUUCUAUUUGACCUCAUUCCAAUAGAAACGAUUAAUGAUUUGAUUUUGAACCUGGAUGACGUGCGAUGAUAAAGGUAAAUCCAGGACACUCCAAUUAGUAUGAUAUGUUACGUUUCAUAUGGCAUGUAUUUUGAGAUUGUAUCUUUGCUUAAAUAAAUAAAAUGCUGUAACUGUGACUUGUGAACUUAUAUGAAAAAUAUUGGCAUCACUUAGAACUACCCUGAAAGACUGGUAUAGGGUUACAGCAGGGCUGUCAAACUCAUUACAUGGAGGGCUUAGUGUCUGAAGGUUUUUGUUUUUUCCUUUCAAUUAAGCCCUAGUCAACCAGGUGUGGUGAGUUCCUUACUAAUUAGUGACCUUAAUUAAUCAAUUAAGUACAAGGGAGGAGUGAAAACCCCCAGACACUCGGCCCUCCGUGGAAUGAGUUUGACACGUGGUUUACAGUAAAUUAUAUAUACACCUACAGGUAUACUGUUUAUUGUGACAAAAUGACAAACCAAUCCUCACACUCUGUAUCUUCUCUCUGUGAUCUAGAUGAGAUGGACACUACUGGUGCUCAGCCAGGCCUCACCUUCCAGUUCCUGCAGGAGCAAGGCCAUCGCAUUCAGGUGCUCCAGUCAGCUCUGUGGCUAUACGUCCGCUCCUCUGACACCCCUAACUCAGGGCCCCGCCCCACCGCCACAGCCCACAUCUACCUCUCUUGGCCUGGGGAAAGCGGCUCCAACCGCACCCUCCUCCUAGAGAAGAUCCUGGAUGUGCAGAAGAGCAACUGGUACACCUUCCCCAUUACACACACCCUGCAAGCGUUCAUGGACGGGGGCCAGCGGCUGCUACAGCUGGAAGUCACCUGCAUAGAGACUGGGGUGGCCGGGGUGAAUGGGGUUAGCCAGAACCUGUGUGAGCUGGGUAAGUCCAUGGACAUGGCCCAUCAGCCAUUCAUGGUGGCCCAGGUGCGGCUCCGUGACGACCCCAAACACAUCCUCCAGAAGAGGUCCCUACGGUGCGGAGAUGAUGUUACGGUUUGCUGCAAGAAGGACUUCUACGUCAAGUUCAAGGAUAUCCAGUGGCAGGACUGGAUCAUAGCUCCAGAAGGGUACCACAUUAAUUACUGUAUGGGCCAGUGUCCCCAGGCCCUGGCUGGGUCUCCAGGUAUCGCGUCUUCCUUCCAUGCCACAGUCUUCAGCCAGCUCAAAGCCAACGGCAUCAACACAGCGGUGUCUUCCUGCUGUGUGCCCAUCCAGCGCAGGCCUCUGUCUAUGGUCUACUUCAACUCAAAGCACAGCAUCGUCAAGACCGACGUCCCUGACAUGAUCGUAGAGUCCUGUGGCUGCACGUAA